AUGACCAUCCUAUCUGCACCUUCAACUUACCUCCCACCCAUCGGCAAGAUCCAAACGUAUUCAGCUGAGGAUCUCACCAAGGCCGUCCGUUACUUGCGACUAAUCUACAAUCCAGACGUCCGCGGCAUCCGGCGCGUCGAUCGUCACCGCCCGCAGAAUAACCCCACCGAAUUCGCUGCGUCUCUCAAGUCCGGAUCUCAUCCUUCGUCGGAUCCCAUCUUCGAGGCCCUCCGCUCGGACGCCUUCGAACGCGCCUACGCGAUCAGGUGGCUCACCGCGCUCGUCUCGCAGGUCUACAAGCUCCUUGCAUCUGCUGACGAAGAUGCGGACGAACCAGCAGGGACCCCGAGCCUCGAGGCCCUCCUCCAGCAGGCAUCUGCCCUGCUGGCGAUCUGUGCGGGCACCGCCUCCGCUGGCACGAUAACUCGGACCUUUCGCUUUCAGAAUGGCGACUUAGGCGCGGGGACGGGCCUGGUCAGCGUAGCACUCGGCAAGCUGCUCGAUGCGGAGGGCGGUACAGGCGGCUCGGUAGUCGCAACGGACUUCCACCCGUCUGUCCUCGCAAACCUACGGGACAACAUCGCCUCCAACUUCCAUGGAUUGUCUUCUGGUUCAACGUCCGUUAGCGCGCACGUUCUCGACUGGGCGAAGUUCCCCGCCCUAGACGCUCCAGCCGCGCCGUUCGACGAGCCGUUUGACCUUAUCUUCGGCGCGGACAUCAUAUACGAGGCGGAGCAUGCACACUGGAUCAAGAACUGCGUGGAGAAGCUCCUCCGCAGGCCGGGCCGCCUACCGCCUGCGUUCCACCUGAUCAUCCCGCUGCGGCCAACACACACGCUCGAGUCGAGUACCGUCGAGGAGCUGUUCCCUUCUUCCGGGAAGGGUGGUCCGAAUGGGGACCUGAUCAUACUGUCGAAGGACAUCAUUGUCUGCGAAGCCAGCGGCGAGGUGCGCUCGAGGAGCGGUGCCGCGCAGGAGGUGGAGUACGUGCAUUAUGUGAUAGGCUGGUGCGUGUGCACGUUACGGUACAUCUGCGAGCCCGGACACAUCCGCAUCGUGGACAGCCGGCGCGAUCGAGGUAUGCCCUAUGUUUGGGUCUUCUGA